CAAUAAGAUCACUUCCGUAUGAGUAUUCUUAGCCACACAGUGUGUAUGUCGACAAAGUAAACACUCUGGCAAGGGCAGCUAGCUUGAGAACAUUAACAAGGAGUAAACAUGAGGCAUAUUGUGGCUCUUUUGGGAUUUACAUGUCUCCUAUAUUCAGUGCAAUGCUCUCACAAUCAGUUAAGCAGCUCCAAUAGUUGGCCAUUCAACAAGGACGACGACGUGAACUCGAGGCAGUCUAAUGGAAACUCAUGGUCUUUCCCGACCGACUCUGAACAACAAGAAAGUGUUAACACACAGUUUGAGUGUGGAUUGGCUAACAUAUACCGUUCUAGUAUUCCCACCGGUCGUACAAAAAUGAGUAAUAUUGAAACGACCGAAUUGGAAAAACCUGAAGAAUGUAUCCAAGCAUGCUGUGACAUAGGCCCUGAAAAAUGUCAAUAUGCGUGGAUGUUUGCCAAAAAGUGCUUUCUGAUAGGCUGUGAUGAGGAGGAGAAAAAUCUGUGUGAACCAAUGCAGUUCCAUAAAGCAGCGAUUGAGUCAACCUAUUACAAAGUGCAGUUGGUCAUCACUGACAAUGAGAACAGUGAGACUGUGACUACUACUAGUGAAGAAACUGCUCCUACAACAGCCAGCCAAUCAGAGCCCACAACUACCGCUGCUAUCACAACCGCUAGUGAGAAGACCCCUGACAAUCUUGUAACAGUAAUGGCGCGACCAAACAAGCCCACUAAGGUGAUCGACGUUACCCCUGACAGUCAGACUCCCCCCACUACCACCGUGAGACCAAUCCCUGCAAGUACAACCACUGAAAAACCAAACCAUGGCAUCAUCGUGGCCACUGAUGGUGACACAGACAUCUCCCUCCCCACCAAUACAGCCAAGAUCUAUGGCAACACAUGGCCCAAGCCCAAGUACCUCGGAUCGUACCUCUACAAAUGGGAGAAGGUGUCUGGGCCGGAGCAGGGCACCAUGGUGGGCAAAGAUGACAAGGAUGUCACUCUAAGAGAUCUUGUGCCUGGUACGUACACACUGCGACUGAAAGUGACUAACUGGAUGGGUAGUGACUGGGGGGAGGGGUUCAUCAACAUCACAGUCCACCAAGCUAGUCACGUCAACUCACCACCAGUACCCAUCAUUCUGCCCUCCUCUGACGAAAUGAUCACCCUUCCCCAAGACUCCAUUGUGCUGGAUGCUCAGUCAACCACUGAUGAUCGCGGAGAGGAGGGGCUGAGUUUUCACUGGGAGGAGGUGUCCGGGCCGUUGGGCUCAGACCUGGAGGCUGACACACCAGUGCUCAAACUCAGCGGACUAUCAGAAGGAGUUCAUGUGUACAAACUAACUGUGACUGAUUCUGACGGAGCUGCAGCUGUGGCCACUGCCAAAGUGACUGUGUUGGUUGACAAGGACUACCCUCCCAUUGCCCACGCUGGAAAUCCUGUCGUCUUACACCUGCCCAAUAACGAGGCCACUCUCGAUGGAAGUGCCAGCAAGGACGAGGGUAAACUAAAAUACAAGUGGACAUACCUGUCUGGCCCUGGUGGGGGAGACAUGGAGGGGGCCAACACAGCCACGCUAUAUGUGAAGAACCUCAUACUGGGCAACCAUCAGUACCAACUCACUGUCACCGACUCUUCUGGCCAGAUCGCUGCCGACACAGUGUCUGUGAUUGUACUGUCUGAGGACAACAAGCCACCUGUAGCCAAUGCUGGUAGAGACAUGACUGUGGUGUCCCCUGUGUCCAGUGUCGUGCUGAGUGCGGUAGGCAGCAGUGAUGACUAUUUGAUCAGCAGUUUUAAAUGGACGCAGUUGGACGGCCCGACUGAUGUCACUCUGAGUGGAGUGGACUCACUAAACCUCACUGUGUCUGGGCUCCACAUUGAUGAGGUUGUCGGCUCUCCAACUUACUUUCACUUCUUGCUCACCGUGACUGACUAUCGCAACCUCACCGACACCUCUAAAGUACAGGUCACAUUCAGAAAAGACCCUCACAUUCCUCCCGUGGCUUUGGCUGGUCCUGACAUCAACAUCACCCUGCCUCAGUCAGCUGUGGUCCUGGACGGUACUGGUAGUCAUGACGACUUUGGUAUCGUCUCAUACCAGUGGAGCAGGGCAAAGGACAGCCCAGCUGCUGGGAGAGUGAUGGGAGGCUCUGACAGAAAACCUUGUCUCAUUGUGUCCGACUUAGUCAACGGGACAUACCAGUUCACUCUUAAGUUGACCAACAAGAAUGGGGAAAUAGCUGAGGACAGUGUGACAGUGACCGUCCUGCCAAACCCGUCUGACCGGUUUCUCCUACAAAUUCAUUUGGAUGGCGAUAUCACACAGUUUACACAAGUUGAUGUGGACCAUUUUAAGCAUGCUCUGACCUACCUUCUCUACAACGGUUCUGAUGAAUAUGAUGUCCAAGUAGUGUCCGUGAACCCUGCUGACACACAUAUCAUGGUAGAGUUCUUUGCCAUGGGGCACAACUCUAAGAAGAUAAUGAAUACCACAGAGGCUUACUACAAGUUGACAGAGAAGGGGCAGAACUUCCACUACACCUCUUACCACAUUCUUAAGGUGGACAUGAAAGUGUGCCAGUUGCCCUGCUCUGGUCAUGGGUCAUGUGACCCAAAGACGAGGAAGUGUCAGUGCUCCACCUACUGGAUGGAGAACCCCUUCAAGUCCCAACUGGGGAGAAAGGAGAGCAACUGUGAGUGGAGUGUGUUCUAUGUUACACUGGUAGUACUUGGUGUCGUGGCUGUGCUCCUCCUUGUACUCUGGAUCUGCUGCUGCUGUUGUUUGAAAAAAAGACGUCGUACUCGCUCCAAGCGCAGGAUUCGCUAUGCCAUUCUGGACAACAAGGGUGACCCAGAGGCCAUGCAGAUGCUCCCCAAGGACUACCAGCAGACUAGCCUAAUGGUCAGUGAGUCCGAGACAGAGGAGGAGAUUCUUUUUGAUUCCUCUCGCAAGAUUCUCAACAACGAUACCAGGAAAGGAGGCAAAAACGUGAAGAAUGGAAAAAUUAUAACCGGGGAUGACAAGAUUGGAAAUCAGAGUUCCAGGAGUGGAAAUAACAAUACUGACUAAGUCAUUUGCUAAUAAUGACCUAUAUAAUUAUAGUGAAUUAAUCAUUUACUUUCCUAACCAACUUCAUGCAAUUCACCUGUGUAUAAUUAUACAUUACUUUUUAAAAAUCUCAA